GGGUAAUGAGUGCCGAUGUAAUCAAACGAUCAAAUCCGGCAGAUGAUUACGAACUUCUGCAACGUGUCGGCUCCGGAACAUAUGGAGAAGUUUAUAAAGCAAGAGAUAUCAGAAGUGAUUCACUGGCAGCUGUCAAAGUAGUCAAACUCGAGGCGGGCGACAAUUUUGCAGUAAUCCAGCAGGAGAUUAUGGUCAUUAGAGAGUGUUCUCAUCCGAAUAUUAUUGCGUACUUUGGAAGUUAUAUCAGAAGAGACCGAUUAUGGAUUGUUAUGGAGUACUGCGGCGGUGGAAGUCUUCAAGAUAUCUAUCACUUGACCGGACCACUUUCGGAACUUCAAAUCGCCUUCGUGUGCCGAGAAACUUUGCGUGGCUUGAAUUAUCUUCACAAUAUGGGAAAAAUUCAUCGAGAUAUCAAAGGCGCAAAUAUUCUAUUAUCUUCAAGCGGUGAUGUGAAAUUAGCGGAUUUCGGUGUCGCAGCUCAAAUUACAGCUACUAUUGGAAAAAGAAAAUCGUUCAUUGGAACUCCGUAUUGGAUGGCUCCGGAAGUUGCUUGUGUUGAAAAACGAGGUGGAUACGGGAUGCAAUGCGAUGUCUGGGCGACAGGAAUCACUGCAAUCGAGCUCGGAGAAUGUCAGCCACCACUUUUUGAUCUUCACCCAAUGCAGGUUCUCUAUCUGAUGACAAAAAGUGGUUAUAAGCCACCGCACCUGAAAGACAAGCAUCGAUGGACUCCGCUAUUCCAUGAUUUUGUUCGUCAGUGCCUCACGAAAAAUCCGAAAAAGAGACCUUCACCGGAGAAGCUUCUGACAAGCCAUCCUUUUGUUCUUGGAUCACUUUCAGCUAGAAUGACAAGAGAUUUAUUGGAUAAAGUUAACGGAGCACCAACUGAUGUUUAUGAUCGAAUGUCGAAGACUGUUGAUGACUUGACUGAAGAAGAAUCAGAUAUGGAUGAUGCUCCUUCACUUCUCACACCGGAUGCUGCACCAAUUCGAAUCGGCCUGCCUGCUCAUCUGAACGGUUUGAGAUUAGAUGCGAGAUGUCUCGAACAACUAUCCUCAUCGCCGAACACUUCGUCAGAAUCAGAUCGGAGGACACCAACUGCAACGCCACGAAGUUUGAAUCGAGGAUAUCAUUCUGAAAGAACACUUCCUGCCAAGGAAAUGCCGUUGUUACCAGACGUAGUUGGUGGUGAUGCACUACUUCACUGUGGUAACGGAGUAAUUCACGAUGAUGAUGAAACUCUUCGAGCACCAAGAGCACCUCCGAGGACGCUUCGCGCGGCUCAGAAAGCUGCUGCUGGAAAUUCGAAAAAUCGAUUCAGUUCUACAUCAAUUGCUUCAACACCGAGUGAAGAUGGAUUAACGACAUUCUUCGGUAUGCCAUUGAUUCCAAAGGUUCCGAUGGGAGCAUGUUUCUCAAAAGUUAUGGAUAGAACUGAGCUGAAAAUCAAUUGUGCCGCCUCAUGGGUUCAUCCGUUAACCGGUGCUCACCUUCUGUUAUUUGGUACGGAACAAGGAAUUUAUUCUUUCGAUACGAACUGCAUGCCGGAUGGAAAUCUAUCUAAAAUCCAUCAUCGACGUUGCUCAUGGAUGUUUGUGUACGCGGAUCGACUAACAGCUAUCCAGGGAAAUACUCCAUACGUCUAUCGUCAUGAUCUUGUGGCUUUAACGCAGAAAAAUUUGACUCUGAAAAUGAGCAAAAAUCUGAACAAAAUUCCCGAAAAAUAUGUACCAAAACGAUUAGCGAUUACUGUCAGGAUGCCUGAAACACGUGGAGCACUACAGUGUACAGUGAAACGAGGACAAGGAGCUCAAGCAAAUUCUCUCUUUUUGUGCUGCGCUGUUCGAAAGACUGUUCACCUGUUUCAGUGGUACAAUCCAAUGAAUCAGUUUGUUUUGGUUCGAAGUGAGCCUAUUCGAGAAGACAUUCGUUUCCCCAUUCGACCAUUUGCAUUGAUUAAUUCACGAACAUCAGACUUCCCAGAAUUAUGCAUUGGAGUUGGUCAAAUGUCUGGAUCAAAUGAAUAUCAAUUCAAUAUGAUCAAUUUCUGCUCAUCAACUAAUAACUCUGAGCUCAGUGGAGAUUUAAACUCAUCAUACGGAAGUCUUGCCGAUGACGAAAUGCUUGAAGUUGGAAGUAUGCAUCAAAUUGAUAGAGAUACAUUAUGCUUUUCAUUCCGCAAUAAAGUAGUGUUGACUGAUCUACAGGGAUUCGAACGCCCGAAGCCGUCGAUCUUCACUUUCAAUUUUCACAUUGAAUAUCUACACGUCGUCGAUGGAACGAUUCUCGCUUUUCAUGCAAAUGGAGUUCAAGGCAGAGAUUUGAAAAGUAAUCUGAAUACUCAGGAUUUGUGCGAUGUAUCUCGAUUAUAUCGUGUGAUCGGUGAUGAUAGAGUAAUAAUCCUCCGAUCGCAACCAAUGUCACCCCGAAACUCUGGCGAUACUUGUGACGUCAGCUUACUUAUGGGACAUACGGAUACUCCAAUCGCUGGAUAAGAUCUCUCUCAUCGCAUAUAUCUGCUUUUGUUUCCAGAAGAAAAAAACGUAUUUAACCUACACAUUUUCCCUACACCGGGUCACAACUCAUGUAUUCUGCUUUCUCCUCACUCGAUUCUAGUUCAUCAUUAUUUCACGCAUAAUUUAAUAGAAAAAAAACCAAAAUUCCCCCACCAUCAUCACCAAUUCCUGUAAAAUAAAUCAAUUUGUUGAUCUCCUCGCUCUUUCCACCAUUUUCUCCCAAUUUCCGUGUUCGUUUCUUUUGUGUCAACUAAUUGCCUUACCCUAUCAUAUAAAUACCGAAAAGUGCCCAAUUUUAUUAUCAAAUGGUUUUUUUGUUUCGCCUGAUUCACUUUUUCAUCGAGCUUCUUCUGUUUAACGCGCAAUUUUCUUUUCCUUUUUUCUUGCAUCCGUGUUUUUGUAUAAAAUAAGUCUUGUUAUUUAUUUUGAA